AUGAACGUGGCAUCUCUAUUCUUGUUCAUGUUGGUGGGCACAAAAGCUAAGAAAUGGUCACUGCCCAUUCACAAGUCCUUUCUUCUUUUUACUCUUCCUUUUCCCUUUCUUUCAUUCUUUGAUGACAAACUUCACCUUUUCUUUUUUGUUUUCGGCUUUUUUCAUUCAUCUAUAAUUUCUUUCUUUCUUUCAUUCUGCACCCACCUCCUGGGUGCAGGCAUCCCCCCCUCCUUUCUUGAUUGCCCUUCUGCACCUGUCACCUCCAGAAAACUGAUUUGGUUUAAUUUUUUUUCUCCUUUUUCUCCUUUUUUGCUUUUUCUUCCUUUUUCUCUUUCUUGUUUUGCUCAUUUUUCUCUCCUUUUGCUCAUUUUUCUCUCCUUUUGCUCAUUUUUCUCUCCUUUUGCUCAUUUUUUUCUCCUUUUGCUCAUUUUUCUCUCCUUUUGCUCAUUUUUCUCUCCUUUUGCUCAUUUUUUUCUCCUUUUGCUCAUUUUUUUCUCCUUUUGCUCAUUUUUCUCUCCUUUUGCUCAUUUAUCACUUUUUUUCUCUUUUUUCUUUUUUCUCCUUUUUUCUCUUUUUUUUUUUUCUUUUUCUCUAUUUUUUCUUUUCUUUUUCUCUCUUUUUUUUUCUUUUUCUCUCUUUUUUUUUUUUCUUUUCUCUCCUUUGUCUUUUUCCUUUUCUACCUAUUUUCAUUUUUUUGUUUUGUUUUAUCAAAGGGUGUCUGUUUCAUUAUUGAACAUCAUCAAAUUUUGGGACAGCUUGUAUAUUUCCUUCCACAUAUCAUGUCUGCUUCUUUUAUGUAUCCAUGUACCCCUGGGAUAG